AUGGCCACCAAGUCAAAUUUAUUCUCUCGCCUGGAUGAGCUACUUGCAACGCAAGCGUCUUCAACGGCGUCCCUGCACAGUCCGUCAUCGCUGUGUGCCGAGCUCGGGGCCCCAUCUGUCUCGCUUGCUGUACUGGAUGAGGGCGAGAUACGCACACACUGCAUCUCAAGUGUGUCUGACGACGUGUCUACACGGUUUCAGGCAUGCUCCAUCUCCAAGGCGGUCACAUCAUUGGGCGUGUUUAAGUUGAUUGAGCUCAGAAAGCUGUCACUCCACGGCUUGAUAUCCGAUUACCUUCCUGUAUCCAUUGUCGACAAACUUGAGCCGAACCAUGUAUCUGGCUUCGCCCAGCAUAUUACCAUCGCCCAUCUGCUGAGCCACACGUCGGGACUUCAGGACAGCGGAGUGUACGGGUAUCCUGGGUAUGAGGUUAGCCAACAUGGUAGAACGGAGUUCCCAACGCUAGAAACAAUCAUUGCGGGUGAAGCUCCCUGUAACACCCUCCCCAUAAAGCUCAAGGAUUAUCCGGGCCAUCGGUUCAACUAUUCCGGGGGUGGGACAAUGCUGCUGCAGAUGAUCAUGGAGCAAGUUGCUGGGAAAUCUUUCCCAGCCGUCAUGCAAGAAUAUGUUUUUGAGCCGCUGGGUAUGACUGGCUCUACAUUUGACUCACGGGCUACCGACAACACCCAGACUGUAGGGCAGCAUGAAGCUCGUUAUGCCCGAGCCUAUUAUUCAGGGUAUACCCCGUGUGAAGUACCGUAUCGCCUUGGCCCAGAGCUGGCAGCGGCCUGGCUAUGGAGCACCCCACAGGACUUGCUGAAGAUUGGUCGUGCAGUCCUUGACUCGCUCCAUGGUAAAACCAAUGCGUUUUUGACGAAAAGUACCGCACGAACGAUGCUGACUGAAGUUCAACCCGGUAUGGCACAUUCGUGGUUUGUGAACAAAGAAACUCCGUACCUGGCCUUCAGACACGAGGGUAAAAACAUGCCGGGUUGGAGAUGCAACGUGGUCUGCUUCACGAACGACCCGGAGGCCACCGACUCCAACACCAGCGCCUCAGUUCUCCAAGAGGAGAAGUGUGCAGUUCCGAAGGACGGAUGUGGAAUUGCGGUAAUGACAAACUCCGCACAAGGCGCCGCAGUUUAUGAUAAGAUCCUGGCUGCAAUUUGCUAUAUCCAAGGUUGGCCGGCCGCCCCUAGAAAUUGGACAGACACUGCCAUGGUUAUCCCCUUCGCAGACACACAGGCGAAGGUGGACACCAAGUGGGUGUUAUGGCAGGGACAAUGGGAAGGCGGAUGGCAGAUGAUGGCGGGCCAGGAUGGAGAUACCGGGCCCUAUGUCAGCUUUAGGGGGAUGCCAGCGUCAAGGCUAUAUAUGGCAGCGCGGCCAAGAAGCAUGGCAGAGCUGAGAAACACAGACAAGGCCAGCCUAGACCUUGUAUGCAGCGGGCUCGAGGUCAUGUUUAGGCUCAUGGUCGAUGUAGUUGGGGACGAACCAGUUAUUGAGAUCUGGCAUGGGCCACGACAAGACCGGCGAGUACUGAGAAGGAGCAAGUCUUGA